AUGAAGGAAGCUCGGGUGUACCAACAGGUUUGUUGUUCUACCCAGCCAGCUGGGAUGGAAAAACGCAGCAAGAAGAGGAAGAAGAAUCGGGGCCAGUCCGAUGGCACCAUUGGUCGCGACGAUGUCACUAUGACGAACGGCAGUGAUGUUGGAGAUUUUUGUGUCGCUGCCGAAACCGAAAAUGCUGCCGAAAUGGGCGCGGCAAAAGUGAAGCUACCUCCUCUGGUAGUGAAAAACGCCCAUCUUAACGAGCUCGUCGCAGAUCUGGCGUCACUGGGCGUCAAAGCCAAAUACAAGUUGGGCAGAGUCGGCACCAAAGUGGUGCUCCGUACGAAACCGGAGUAUUACUUGAUCGUCGCCCACCUGAGGACUGCCAAGGUGGAAUUCUUCACACACGAUAUUCCCGAUGAGAAACCGUUCAAGGUCGUCAUGAGGGGCCUACAAAACUUCGACCCGAAGUUUAUCGAAGCUAAAAUCCGAGACCGGUACAAGCUGGCCACAAGUUCCGUCUAUCGGAUGACAAGGAAGGACGAGAAUGUAAAGGCGUAUCCGGAUUGCCUUUUCCUGGUGCACUUCCAGAAGGGAAUGGUGACGCUCAAUGCACUGAAAGCCAUCCACUCCAUCAAUUCCAUCAUCGUCCGCUGA